AUGGUGGGCGAAUCUGUGAGUGAGAAUGCCAUUGCACAAGGGAUCGUGCCUUCUCUAGGGCACCUUCGAACCACUUUCCUGACGCUUCACAUUGCGGGAGGAUUGGUCGGACUUCCUUUACUCAUCCUCACCCUCCUCUUCUCCGAGAGAGUCCCUCGUCAACCCGCCCUAAUUAAUUUCUGCAUCGCUUGGGUAAUCAACUCCAUUUCCUACACUCUUUCAGGACUCAGCCCCGACCCUCUCAAUCCACCCUCCUCGUUAUGUUUCGCCCAAGCUGCUAUGGUGCAUGGAGCUCCACCAAUGGCAGCAUUUGCCACCUUUAUCGUCGUUUUCAAGAUAUGGCAAACAUUUAGAGACCCUCAUGGCAUAUGGCUAGGACGAUCUUGGACUGAUACACAGACUUUAUUCAUCACCAUUAUAUUACCCUACAUUGUAUUUUUUAUCUUCUUCGUUAUAUCCGUGGUCCUACAAGAUCGCAACCCUGAAGCCGUCAGCCCAGGGAAUGGGCUCUACUGCACAGUCUACGCACCAUUUCGAGGAUGGAGUGUUCCUAUGUUUUCCAUUAUGAUGCUUGCAUUAAUGAUAGGAUUCGAAGUUGCCAUCGGCGUUCACUACUACCGAUCGCACAAAAGAAUCGUAACAAACUUCCCACUCGCGCCGAGGACAACAUCACUUGGGCUCGUCAUAAGAAUCACGCUGUUUAACAUGUACCUCUUUAUCACAUUUUGCGCCAGCAUCGUCUUUCUUACCGGUAAGAGGAACCAGUCGUGGCUGUUCAUGGUACAGGCAGCGUUACCUCUGGUGGCCUUCCUGGUAUUUGCGUCGCAAAAGAACGUCAUCCUGUCUUGGUGUUUCUGGAUCGAUACGAGGAAGGAACAUCCCAGUACCUCUGAUACCAGCAUGCCAACCCUCCGACAUACUCCUUCAGAUACUCACAUAGACCACUUGUCUUCCCUAGCCUCGCGCCGUUUCAAGGAUUAUCGUGGUGAAUGA